GCCAGUAUGAUGGCAAGUAGGGUCUAAGCAUAAUUCAGCAUGAGAUGGCCUGGCUACGCGAGACUUGUCUGGGUCUUAGGCAUGUCCGUUUAGUCCACAUGCGUGUAUGUGGGAUCUAACGUUGUAGUUUAAUUAUGUUAAUUAAUUUAAUUAGUUACAAGUACUCCAGCAGCAGCAUACUGUAGUGUGAACUUGUCAAUCAUGUGAUGCACCAACGUGAGACACAAGGGAGAAAGAGAGAGAGAGAGAGAGAGAGAGAGAGAGAGAUUGAGAUCUAGAGAGAACAAGAACAACAACAGUUGAACAAGUCUAUGAUACAGUGGUUUGGAAGUCACCGCCUGUCUCAAGAACUGCACACCAACACUCAACAGUCACAAUGACAUGCAACAGAUCUAAAUGUCAAGCUGGUCGCCAGUUUGUGCAGUGGAUGCUGGCCGCAAGCCUUUUCACUUUCUUCGAGGGUCUUAGUGGAAUUGCCAUACUUCCCCAACUGGUCAUAUCGAUGGUCUGCAGCCAUUCUGGUAGCAACUAUGUGAUUAACAAGACAACUGUGUUGAACCACUCGCCUUCUAGAUGCAACGAAACGUCAGAUGAGAUGGUCAUAACUGCAACUGACUGGUACAAAGAGAUAGUACGAGACAACAAUUUGGUGUCUCUAUUGGUUAUUACACUGAUGGGUGUGGCUUCGGAUUCGAUUGGUCGGAAACCGAUUGUACUACUGAUUGCUAUCGGUACAACAUUGGAUCGCCUAGCAACUGCCUUGUCUCCCACUCUUACUAUUGUGCAUUAUGUUCACACAGCUGCUGGUCUCGUUUCGUCGAGAUAUGUCUUCUUUGCUGUGUCGUUUGCAGCGAUGGCCGAUUUCUCGAGUGAUCGGACCAGGUCCAAGGAUUAUUCGUGGCUGGAAGCGGCCAUGUACACCGGGAUGGUGCUUGGUCCUUACACCGGUGGACUCCUUGCUCAAAAGUUUGGGCUGGAGACUCCCUUCUAUGCCACAGCAGCAGGUUGUCUCUUCACGUGUUUCUAUAUUCUGCUUUUUGUUCAAGAAUCAAAGUCUUUUAAUCAGAGUAAAUGUGGAUUCACUGUUGGUGAUGUGACAUGCAGUGAUGAUGCAGAAACAGAGUUGAUGUCACCACGAUUGGCUGUAACGUCAUCUUUGCCUUUCAAACACAAAAAGUGUUUGGCAUUGACUCCAUUCGGAAGUAUCUGCAUUUUGUUUCGGUCUCGUUUGUGGUUGACAUUGACUGUGAUGCUGUUUUUCAACUUUCUGGCUUGGUUUACAUUCUUAUUCGUGCUCCCUCUCUACACCAAAUACGAAUUCAAUUGGGGACCCUAUGAAACAGGUCUCUAUUUCAGUCUUCAUAACUUUGUUCGUACUAUUGGCAAUGGCCCCAUAUCAAGACUUCUACCUCUAGAUGACCAGGCAAGAGUUGUAUUGGCUGGUACUUGCGGUAUCCUGUUUUUUGCAUCGAUUUCGUACUAUACACAGGGAUGGAUGCUGUAUGCAUUUGCGUGGUGUGCGGUUGUGUCUGCGUUUAGUACUCCAACGCUGAGAGGAACUGCAUCGAAAAUUUCAGCUUUAGAUGAGCAAGGAGCCGUUCUGGGAGCUGUGGCAAUGACGGAAGCAUUUAUGGCAACGGUUACUCCUCUACUUUGUGCUCCUCUUUUUGACUGGCUAGUCAACGUCCGUCUAUCUAGUUACAUAUUCAGUUUAGCAGCCUGCGGACUUGCUGCUCUCUCACUCGUGGCGGCAUGCGCUUAUCCCACUAAAGCAGUCUCAAUUGAAACAAUAAAUAUUCAAUAGGUAAAUAGGCAAGGUACUACUCAUGUAUUGACUCGACCCAGUCUCGCUCCGCCCUUGUCGUUUUUAGAGAAAACUCAGUGAUGACGAGGGUGGAACAAGGCUAAUUCAAGUCUAGAUAUAUAGUGAAAGUUAUAUGCCACACACAGGCACACACGCGCGCACACACACACACACACACACACACACACACACACACACACACACAC